AAAAUACUAAAGAUUGUUAUCGAGCCUUACUUGUGAUGGAGAAACCAACGAAAUUUGUCUUCAAAGGAAAUGUGUAAUCUGUAAACUCAGAAACAUUGAUAUAGCCUUGAAUGAUGACAACAAAAAUGACACCAUUAACUAUUUUUAUUGGAACACUAUUGAAGUAGAAGUAGAAAUUAAGGGAAUCAAGAAGAAAAAGAAAAAAACUGUGAAAGAAGACAGAUCUACUACAAAAGAAAUGCUUGUUAGACUAUUUAGAGGUUUGUUGAACAAAUUUUUGAUCCAUGUUCUUAAUAUAAAACACCAGUAUCGAGCCAUCCGCCAAGCAAAGGAAAACUUGAAAGUAAAUGAGGGUUUAUUACACAUGGACUACUCAGAGAAUUAUAAUUGUAAGUAUACAGAAGAGAUCCAGAGUUUGCACUUUGGAGGAUCAAGAAAUCAAGCUACUUUGCACACUUCAAUAUUAUACUACAAAGAUAAAGUCACUGAAGAUUUGAAAUCUGUUUGUUUUUGCACUGUAUCUGAAGAAAGGCGCCAUGAUGCAGUUGCUGUUUGUGGACAUCUCAAACCGAUUUUCAAAGAAAUUAAAAACUUAAUACCAAAUCUUUCAAAAAUGCAUUUUGUAAGCGAUGGCCCCUCCAGUCAAUAUCGUAACAGAAAAAUGUUUGUUCUCAUUGGUGAAUAUCUGACAUCUCUGUUGGGUGUAAGUAGUGUCAAUUGGCAUUACCUAGAAGCCGGGCAUGGCAAGGGAGCUGCUGAUGGAGUUGGCGGUGUCCUGAAAAGAACAGCUGACAACUUAGUAUCAAAAGGAGUAGAUAUACCUACUGUACCUGUUUUGGUACAACAGUUGAGUCUACACUGCCCUGGAGUAAAAGUGAUAUAUGUUACUCAUGAGGAGGUUUUGGAGUGCGAUAAUCUUCAACUUACAUUACCCAAGUUUAAAGGGACCAUCAAAACUCAUGAAAUCUGUUGGGCAGAAGCUAAUAAAAACCUGAUCCAAGUAAGAAGUCUUACAUGUAUGUUAUGUGCUCCAAACCAAAAAUGUAAACAUUUCCAUAUUGGACAGAUAAACUUGCAACACUCUCAAGGACAAAAUACCAAAACCUCGACUGCUUCAAGUUCUACACACUGUGGUAAGACCAAAACUUCCAUGGACAAACUGAAAAAUAGGAACAACUCUUCAUUCAAGACCUCGACUGCUACACACUGUGGUGAGACUUUCAAGAACCCUGAAGAUGGGGAUUGGCUCCUAGUAAAAUUUCCUGGGAAGCGCAGCAUCAAGUACUACAUUGCUAUUGUGGAGCAGAUCAUUGAGACUGAAGGAAUUUUUGUUCGGUGUGGAAGAAAUAUCGGUGACAAUGUUUUUAAGUGGCCCGAACCUGAGGACAAAUGUUUAAUAGACUAUGACCAAAUUGAGAAAAGAUUAAAGCCACCUUCAUUCAACUAUAAAAAUGACAGACUUGUUUCAUUUAAAUUUGAACAUAAAUUUGAUGACUAUCUUAUUUUGUAAAAUUAUGUUUAGUACACACACUUACGGUACAUUUUGAUGUUGUACCAGACACUAUUCUACCUAAGAUUUACCAAAUAAUAAACAAACUAACUCAUUGUUUAUUGAACAAUUCUUUAUUUAAUCCCUUAUGUUUUAUCAUGCACUUUGGAACAGCCCUAAUGACUGUGAGCACAGCGGUCAUG